GAUGAAGUGUGCAUUGUAACACAGAGGGAAAAAAUGAGCUGGAAUCCUCUAGAGCAGAUAUGAACAUCUGACAUCAAAAGUUGGAUUUCCUCUUUUUAUUGUUGGGCUGUUGGCUUCUUGACAUCCUGGAACAAGAACUCUCCACUGCAUCUAGGGCUACAAAUGUGUUUGCUGAUGGUUGUUAGAGAAGUCCAUGGAUAUGAAAAAUUUGGGGAAGUGCUCAACAACACCCAGACAAGGUUGCUGAAGCCAUAAUGGAUGCCAUUGAAGACUUUAUCCAGAAAGGACUUGUCCGGUCUGUGAAAAAAGUUAAAGUUGUUAUCUUUCAGCCUCAAAUAAUGGAUGUUUUUUGUGCCAACAUGAAAAAAAGAGAAGGCUCCCUGGCUCCCUCACAGUCUAUAGUGUCCAAAAUUGCAUGUUUGUAUGGGACUGUUACCAGCCCCGCUUCAGGAGUGCAAGAAAUGAAAAUUGGCCCCAUCACCUUACAGGUGGCCACUGGAGAUAUUACUGAAGAAGAGGCAGACGUGAUUGUAAAUUCAACAACAAAGACAUUUGAUUGCAAAGCAGGGGUCUCCAAAGCAAUUUUGGAAAAGGCUGGACAAAAUGUGGAAAUAGAAUGUUCUCGCCUAGCUCAACAGCACAACAAUGGUUAUAUAAUUACUGAUGGUGGAGCACUGAAGUGCAAGAAUAUUAUUCAUGUUGAUGGUGGAGCUAAUGUCAAGACAUCAGUUACCUGUGUUUUGCAAGAGUGUGAAAAACGGACUUACUCCACCAUUUGCCUCCCAGCCAUUGGGACAGGAAGUGCUCAACAAGACCCAGACAAGGUUGCUGAAGCCAUAAUGGAUGCCAUUGAAAACUUUUUCCAGAAAGGACUUGUCCGGUCUGUGAAAAAAGUUAAAGUUGUUAUUUUUCAGCAUCAAAUAAUGGAUGUUUUUUGUACCAACAUGAAAAAAAGAGAAGGCUCUCCGGCUCCCUCACAAUCUAUAAUGUCCAAAAUUGCACUUGAGAUCCCUGGACACUGGAGUGAUAUGAAGCAACAGCGUGUCUGUCUGAUUGAGCUGAAGCCUGGUCAACCAGAAUACAGCAAAGUGGCAAAUGCCUUCAAUCAUACCUGCUCACAAUUCAAGAUAGAGAAGAUUGAGAGAAUCCAGAAUCCAAGUCUCUGGCAGCACUACCAGACGAAGAAAAAAACCAUGGACGACAAGAAUGGCCAAAUACAAAAUGAGAAGCUGCUCUUUCAUGGGACAGAUGCUGACUCCUUGCCACAUGUCAAUCAGCACGGCUUUAACCGCAGUUAUGCAGGAAAGAACGCUACGGUAUAUGGAAAGGGAACCUACUUUGCUGUCCAGGCCCUUUACUCUGCCAAUGAUACUUACUCCAGACCAGAUGCAAAUGGGAAAAAGCAUAUGUAUUAUGUGCGUGUGCUUACUGGAUUGUACACACGUGGAAACAGUUCAUUACUUGAGCCUCCUCCAAAGAAUCCUCAAAAUCAGCUUGAUCUGUAUGAUACUGUCACAGAUGAUGUGAGCACUCCAAGUUUAUUUGUGGUAUUUUAUGACUAUCAGGCUUACCCAGAAUACCUCAUUACUUUUAAAAGUAACAUUUUGGUAUCCUUCACUGAAAAAAGGCAUUAUUUAUCUACACUAGCAAUUUUCAACCUUUUUCAUCUCAUGGCACAAAUAAACUAAUUACUAAAAUUCUAUGACACAACAAAAAAUGUAUUUUUUGAUCU